UUCUCUCUGGGCCUUUUAGAACCAUCGACUUGUUUAAUGCCGGGCCCUCCCCUGUCUCACUGCCAGGUACGAGAGGACUAAAGAAGGCAGUCCACGGAAUCAGAGAAAGAAGGAAUUGCACGCAGUUUUUGAAACACAUGUGCAGGCAGUGGAGAGGCGUACAGGUAGCCAGACGUCGUUCAGUCCGUUCCUGAUAUUCGGUGGAGCGGGACAGAUCCAUUUGGUGAAUCCUGAAGCUUGAAAGAGAGACAAGAGAGGUGGAGAGAAAGGAGUCGCCAGCCAGAGUGAGGUGUCCUCAGAGACUAGUGUUUGGGGACGCUAUGGAGAUAAGUUGCUGUCUAAGGUUUGACUGACAUUUCUCGAUCAAAUUACAUAAUCGGACGUCACCAUGACUUGCUGCAACUUUCAAUCAUGGAUGCCGGUCUUUGCUGUGUUGGUUCUCGUCUCGCGUAGUGCUGCAAGAGCUGCUUUGGUUCCUUUAUCAAAUUGCUACUCUGUUGCACCGGACACCCAUGUUUAUGACCUUUCAAAUUUCUACGGGAAGGAGUUUCAGUUUGUGCAGGAUACUACAACGUACGUGCUUAGAUUUUGCAAAGAUUUCCAAGAGAGGACUAACGCGGGUUAUGUGAGCUUUGGUUCAUACGAAUCCGGUCCUACUCUAAGCAGUACACCUACGACCUCUAACUUUAUUCAGGAAUACAGACACGGAGAUUUGAAAGAGUGUGAAGAUUAUGGAACUGAGUUCAAUGGCCGAGAUGCAAAGGUGAUUGUUACCUGUGGGAACUGUCCAGGAAUGGGACGCUGCCAAGAGUCCGCAGGUUGCAUAUGCAGUGUCACCCUUGAAGCUUCAGCCAAGUCCUGUGUAGCCUCUGUUGUCCUUGCUCUUUCUUGUCCAGAACCUGGUCCCAGUGUCGUAGAGGGAUUUGCAGUUGGCUUCAGUCCUCGAGGAAAGGAAGUGGUGAGCAAUGGGUUUACUCAGUGGGGUUACGAAAAUGAUGAGCACAUUGACUACAGCUUUGAAACUUCUCAAUCACAAGUGUUCCUGUACUUCACCGCACCAACUGAAGUUUCCAAAAGUAUCGGAAAGCCAUCAUUCUUCGUGGACCCUUCCAAAGGGCUGGACGUUAAACUUUCUGGCACAGCUGCUGCAGGAACUCCACCCACAAUUAUGACUCCUUCUAUAUUGCAAGUGGACUGGCUUUGUGAAUCAACAGACACCUAUCUCGUGACCAUCGUAGUCCCAGUCCAGGGAUAUGAUCCUAUCGAAUUCUCUCUGCUGAAGCAAUGUGAAUGGAAGCAGACAAAACAGGAAGUCGGCUCAAGCGGCUGGGCAACAUUCGGAUGGUUGUCCUGCAUCUUCAUAAUCAUGACCACGAUAUGCUGCAGCGCUGGCUUUUUAUACAGAACUCGUGUGGAAAAGAAGCACGGUUUGGAGGCUUUACCUGGUAUCGGGAUUCUUUCAAGCUGUCUGGACAUGGUAAUUCGCUGAAUUUCAGUGUUUGUCCCGAACUUCUUUUUCAUACGAUAGGUGGCUUAAUACAAUAUUCUCAUCAGUGUGCAGCACAGAUGGAGGCGACAGUGGCUACAGACGAGCUGAUGAGGCAACUACGAUUAUCGGAGAUCGUCCUCUGAGAGAUGGAGCCAGUACAAGUACCCGACCUGCACCACGUGGCUUGGAUGGAAAUUAUGGAGCUGUUUAGAGAUUGUAAAAUUUUGUAAAGCGAGAAAAAGGUUAGUUUUGAACGGUAAAGGCCAAUCUGAAUAUCUUCUGCUAGGUCAGUGAGCAGACAAAAUGAUGUCAACGCAAAGUGCACUAGUUCUUCUCUCAGAAGGAAAUUUUGCGAUUGCAGGGAGUGUGCUUGAAGUUAUUCACAUUCUUUUACCACACAAACGUGUCACAGUUUCUCUUAGGGAUGUGCUACGAUUUGUUUGUACAGCUCUCACAUCAUUGGUACGUCAGCCUUGAGAUCCGAGAUUGAGGAAUAGUUGAGCUCGAAGUCAAAACUGUUCUUUAGGAAGGCUUCCAUUAAGAAUCCUAAAAUUACUUCGCAUCUUUUGAAGUCUAUUCAACAUAUGCUUAUUAUUCCACUUUCCUUCAGUCGUAUUUUAGUCUUGACAUGAGCAUUACUGAUGGGGAGGCCUUGUGAUUGCGACGAAGAACGGGUCUACCCAAAGUCUACAACGGUUUGAAACUCUUGCUUUACCUAGUGUCUAUCCUACAAGUAACUCUUAUACACGAGUUUAGCUUAGCUCAAAUGAGUCCUCCAAAUUGCCAACUCUUGAUUCAUUUCUCCGAAAGUUUCCUUCAUGAUCCAUCUCGAUCUAUUCUCUUUGAAGUAUAGUUUUAGAAUGAACUUUACCACUUCGUCAAGAUUGACAACACAAAACACACAUGUGCUAUCAUAUUUUUGUAAUAUUCCUCACCAAAGGUUGUGAUAACUAUG